GGAUCCAAAAACAAAACUCUGGGGCCGCCCAUAAACGGCGGAGCGUGCCACAAGGUCGACGCCAAGGGAGUUUAGCUGCGCCGCACCGAUACGUGAAACAAAAAAUCGAGCGUCGCCGCUGCAACCAACCAAACCGGAUGGACGAGGAGCUCCCGACCACCAUGGAGCAGGCCCUCGCGCGCGCGCGCGCCGAGGCUAGCGAACUAAGACGCAUGGUCGAGGUCCAGGAGGCCGCCAUGGCGACGGCGGCGGCGCGCCACCAUAAGAGUGGAGACGCCGUCGCCUACGCCGCGACGCUCGAGCGGUGGCGCCAGGAGGUGUUCGCGGGCGCCGUGCGGCGCCGCAUCCAUGUUGAUCAGGGCGUGCACUUGCAUGCGGCCCGGCGCGCGGCCGCCGACGCCAUCCGGACGGCGGCGCUCUGCGAGCGGCGCUGGCGCGCGGCGCAGGCGCACGCGGCCGCGGCGGACGCCGCGCGGCGCGAGAGCGAGGAACUUCUGGGGAGGGAGCGGCGCGGCGUGGUCCACGCCUGUCGAAACGCGUUCGACGCGAUGCGGCGCGACGCCGAACGGCGCGAAACCACGUUAGUCCGGACGGCGUCGCGCUUGGACGAGCACGCGGCGCGCCUGAGGAAGGCGUCCGACCGCGUCGCGUGCGCGGCGGAAUUAGUAAGGCAGCGCGAGGUCCGCGUGCGCAACGCUCGAGCGGCCCUGGCGGCCGAGAAGCGGCUGUGGCGGCGGGAACGGCGCGACGCGGAGACGAAAGCCUUGGCCGAGGGUGGUGUGGCGGUGACGGCGCCGCCACCGGAUGCGUUGGUCGGCCUGCGGCCGGAGGCCGAGGCCCUCAUGCGGGGCAUCUUCCGGGACUUGGACGCGGACGCGACGGGCUCCGUGCCCGCGGCGGCGCUGCGGAAAGCCUUAAGAGGAGACGACCGCCUCGACCGGUUGAUGCGGAACUACUGCGGCCCCGACGCGUGGGCCGACUGCUUGGACGCGCUCGACCGCCGCCUGACGGCGCUCAGCGCCAAGCCGUGGGGCGUCGCCGACUGCGCGAGCGAGGCGGACCGGCCCUUCGCGUCCACGGAGGACGUGACCUGGGGCGAAGUUUUACUGUUCUUCGUGCCCGGUCCGCCGCCGGACGCGUCCGGUGUCCACCUCGCGGCGCGCGGGUCCCUGCGGAGUGCUUCGUCAAUUGAUUUCCGGCCGCGGCUUUUGCUGGACGCGCCCGCGUCACCUUCAUCGGAACCGGGUCUGGACGCGCUGACGCCGCCGCAGCUCCGUCAGGAAGUCAGCCGGUUGACGGGAGACCGGGGCGCGCUGCUGCGCGCCCUCGCGCUCGCGGACCGCGACGCGGCGCGCCACCGCGACGACGCCGCGUUGCUGUGGCGCCACGAACUGCGACUGCGGUCGCUCCGCGCCGACGCGGCGCAGCGCGACGCGGCCUCGAUGAAGGCGGAGCGCGACGCGGCCCGCGCCGAGACCAAGGCCGCGCGGGACCGCGCCGCGGCCGCCGUCGACGACGCGCGCACGAACGCGGCCCAGGCCGAGGCGCGCUGCGCCGCGCAAGUCAAGGAGCUGCAGGCCGACCUUCUUGAAGUAAGAGAGGCGAUGACGCGCGACGUCGCCGCCGCGCGGCGCGCGGCGCGCGAGGCGGACGACGCCCGCGCCGCGGCCGCGUUCGAGAAGGAUCGGGCGCUCGAGGCGCUGCGCCGGCGCGAGCGCGACGCGGAGGCCCAGGUCCGCGCGCUCGAGGCGCAGGGCGAGGCGCGGGCCGCGGAGCGGAAGCGCGACGAGCGGCGCCGCCGGCGCGAGGUGUCCAAAUUGAGGCGGGAGCGCGCGGCCCUCCUGGCGCUCGCGCGGUCGCGGGACCGGCCGCAGCCGUCCCGGCGGCAGCUGCGGGCGGCGCCGCGGCUGGCCGAGCUGCGGGCGCUGGCGCUCGGGCUGCUCUCGGACGAGUCGACGGAGGAGGGCGCGUCGUCGUCCGCCGGGGACGGCGCCGACGCGUCGUCGGCGUCGUCGCUGGGGAGCGGGGAGUCGUAA